AUGACCAAAACCAGAGACAUCAAUGUCCUUAUCACCGGCAUGGGCCCCUACCCAGAUGGUCGCGGUGGUAGAAUCAACCCCAACACAUCCCAUGUGGUAACAACCGUGCUGCCCAAGACUCUAGAACCCAACACGCCACGGAACCCUUCGGCGGCGCGCAUCCACAUCACCACGCUGCCCGAGCCCGUCAAGACCGAGUACGGCCACGUGCGCGCCUUUUGCCGGGACCUGCACGCCCGCCACGCCGCCGCCGACGACGACGUGGACCUCUUCAUCCACCUCGGCGAGGCGCGGGGGUGGACCUGGGUCACGGUCGAGCGCGCCGCGUACGGCCAGGGCAUGAGCAGCAGCUGGUGGGCGCUGUGGGACCGGGACGCCUACUACACGAUUCCCGACGACGCCGGCCAGACGAUUCGCGACGUCGGGCCCAGCCCGUGGGCCGGCCGCGUCCCGCUGGGCCUGCACCCGUCCUUCAACGUCGACGGCGUGUGCGAGGGGGCCACGGCCCUCUUGGACACCCUGUACCGUUUCGGCAGCGGCGGCAGCAGCAGCAGCAGGCCCGGUAAUGUUGAUGCUGGGAACGCAUCGGACACGUUUUCUUCCUCCUCCUCCCACGUGCAGGGAAUGGACAAUGGCAAAACCGUAUCAACGACAAACAAGCCCAUUGAGAUCCGGCCCCAUGCUGAGGGCGGGCCUUAUUUGUGCGGCUUCAUCAACUACGAGAGCCUGGCGAACCGCUACGUGCUGAACCUAAAGCCCAACGUCUUGUUCUGCCAUGUGCCCGGAGAAUCAGAUCCGACAAGUUUGCGGCGCACCGCCGAUGGCCUGCUAGCGAUUGUGGUGGCUGCUGUAGCCCAGCUCCAAAGAACGACAACGCGAGAAUAA